CUACUCUCAGUUGAAAAUGGCUGGAGUUAUGCAGGCCUGAGUGUUGUUUUUCUACAACAUAAUGUUUCUUUCAAAAUAACGAAUUCUCAGCUUCACAUUGGGAGUGUGGUACUGUGUAAGAGGACCCGGUGUGUCUACCAUUCUACCGAUUUCCCACGAUCAACGUCUUCGCCGCUGAAUUUCACACUGACUACAGCCCCUUCAGAGAGAGUGGUCUCCCUGUAUCCGAAUCCCCCCAGACCUGCGGCUUUUCUCAUCUCCACCGUGUGGCUGAUAUUCCCUUCCUGUUAUCUGUCAUGGGCACAGCAGUGCCCUGUCCCCCCUGUCGUCAUUGCCAAGCACGAUGUCAACGGCAACAGGACCGUACCACCAUUCCCCGAGGGACUGCAGAUGGCUAUGUUUGGGAUGGGCUGUUUCUGGGGCGCAGAGAGAAAGUUCUGGAAGCAGAAGGGAGUCUACUCCACCCAGGUGGGCUAUGCUGGAGGCCUCACCCCCAACCCCACCUACGAAGAGACCUGCACAGGUAGGACAGGCCAUACUGAGGUGGUGCGGGUGGUCUGGGAGCCAGAGAAGACCAGCUUCUCCAAACUGCUCAAGGUGUUCUGGGAGAGCCACAACCCAACUCAAGGAAUGCGUCAGGGCAACGACGUAGGAGCGACCUAUCGAUCAGCCAUCUACAUAUACACACAGGAGCAGCUUGAACAGGCUCUGGCCUCCAAAGACGACUAUCAGAAGGUCCUGAUAGAGGGGGGCUUUGGAGAAAUCACCACAGAGAUAGCCGAGAACCAGGAGUUCUACUAUGCUGAGGACUACCACCAGCAGUACCUCAGCAAGAACCCCGGCGGAUACUGUGGCCUGAGCGGCACCGGAGUCUCCUGUCCAAUAGGACUCAAGAAAUAACCACCUCUGUCCAAUAGGGAAUGACCACCAACCUCUGAUUGUCUGAUUUUGACUAGGAAAUGUAAAUAGGCAUUUCCACUUGCUCAUUGCAAAAUAAGUCUAUUUUCUAUUCCUUUAAAUGGAAGUCACCUUAAUUAUGAUGCAGUACUGAAGCAUAUUCAGGGUUUAUAUAAAAACAGUCCGUAUCUGAGUCUUGUAUUAAUUGAAAUAGUUUGGUAAUCAAGCACCACAUACAUAAAUGAAUGCACAUUCAGGUUUUAGUGUGCAUUGUCUUGUUUGAAUCAAAUUAACUACAGUAUGUACAUCUGAUUGAAUAUGGUGCGAGCUGGUGGAUUAAAUGAUGAAACGGUGUGUUAAUAUG